CGUCGUGAAACAGACCAUCGGUGCGGUGAAUUUCAGCAUCAGCUGCAGACCCGCUGCUUCCCCUCCAUCGUUUUACGCUGCCGCCGCCGUUCGAUGUCCCUUUAAACGCGUUUGGGUUUUUCAGGUUCCCGUGAAGCUUCGGGAAAGUCUCUUAAAGUUUUUCAACCCAAAAUAAUGGAAAAAGAGGAACAAUCCGCUCAAGAAGACAAAUCGUCAGAGGAUGUGGUCUCAAUGGCCGACUCCACUGUGACGAUUGAGGACAUCGAGGAAGAGCUCUUCAGAAUUGAGCGUCUGAGGGAGAUCCUCGUUCGAAGAGAGUCAGAACUUAGAUACAUGAUGGAUGACAUUCAGCUCUGCAAAGAAAUCACACAGCUGAGGCAGGAGCUGAGGAAACUUGUCUUAAUUCCAGACAAAGAUAAAUCCAAAGAGGUCAGAGAGAAGGAGGAAGAGCUUCUGAGGCAGAUCAACAAGCUGGUGGAGUCCAGAGACUUCCUGGUGGAGGAUGUGGAGUUUGAGAGGCUCAGGGAAAGAGAGGAAGACGGAGAAAUGGCCGCCUUCUUUCAGUCCAAAUUUCCCCAAGCUGUGGCUCCAAAAGGGACGUUUCAGAACAGAAAGGUGGCAUCCAAACCCCAGCAGACACUCUUCUUCCCUAAAACUGGACUGGCGCUGGUGAAAGACUGCUGCGGAUUCACCUGCUCCAUCAUGUGAAGCCUCAGAGGAAAAUCACGUGCCUCCGACCUGUAUAUGUAUUGUGUGAGUGUAUUGUUACACACAGUCUCUUCAGCAUGUUCUUGCAUCUAUUGUGGUUUAGAGAAAAUAAGAAGAGUGUCCACGUUUGUCAUGUAAAAGUAAAUUCACAUUUGUUGUGACUUUCUGCAGCUUGACGGCUUCUGCUCAGUUAAGGUAAUGGGUACGAUUACAGCUGCUCUCAGUGUAACUAUCCAUCAUUGAUGUCCCAGACACAGCAAGCACAGCUCUCACUCUAUGAGCACGACACAUUUUCUAACCUUCAUCCCCCUAAGCAGAGACAUAAAUAAAGAACUGUGAAAAUUAAAUGUGUUGUUUUCAAAGCUAAAUGUUUACAAUGUGUUUGGAUAAAAUGCUAAUAAAAAAUAGAAAUGUAGAUGUGAUUUUCUGUGACUAACAUGUGUUUGUUUUGUUUUCAUAAUAAAAGGCUUGUGGCUUAAGAA